GCACGGCUGCUCACCGGCCGCCCCGGGCUUCCGACCGGCGGAAGUCGCGGCAUCGGCCCGUAAGCAAAUGGAGGAGACUUUGGCCAACUCGAGCUUGAAAGUCGGUCCAGCCGAGGCUCUGCACCAGCUGGAAAGGCAACUGGAGGUGGUGAAGGCCAUGUGGCUACAGCUUUGGCAGCCCGUGGACAGGUCGACCGCCGCGUCUAGGUGGCUCGGAAUGGACCUCGAGCGUCCAUGCUGCCGUAUGUGGGAGGAGCUGGCCCAGGCACAAGGAGUUCUCCGUUCCAAGUUCGAACUGCCGUGUCGAAGUGCACAUCGUCGACUGGACGGUGCAGCUUGCCCAGCCUGUCGGCUGAUGGCGCAGGCAUUCUGGUUCAAGGAUCGCAAGGUGGCAGAUGGAGCCUGGCAGGCCACGCUGGAGUUGCAGCCGAAAGUCGAAGACCCGAUUUCGGUUGCAGCCAAAGACCCUCCUGAGUGCUUGCAGUACUCCAAGGAGCCGGGCACCUUUGCCAUUGCAACUGUUCUCACUUCGGAGGACCUUUUUCGAAGCAUCCACCACCCUUUAGAGAAACCUGGCCACUACAGCGACGGAGAUGAGGAAGAAGAUGCUGACGCCACGGCCAUCGUGCUGGUGUACGUCGACGCCCUGCGAACUUUGGCACACUCCAUCCGGAGUUCGUCCCGCGAAGCUCCUUGCGAGAUGCCAGAGCGGCCCUUCUUGGUGGUACUUUCCUUGCGUGCUGGCGAGUCCCUUCCAAGAGAG